UAGGAGAUUCUAUGCCUUUUUCUGAAAGUACAUUAGUGGGUUUUAAAGUAACACUAGCUUCAACACUUGAAAUAACUGAUAUGAUGCAUAAUGAAUGUGGCUUUGAGUACUUUAUGACAUCUCGUCUAUCACAGGAUUAUCUAGAGCAACUUUUUUCAAUAAUGAGGUACAGCUGUGGAUCUAACGAGCACCCAGACGCGAAAUUGUUUUUGCAAGUUUUCAGAUUAUUCUGUCUGUUUUCUCAUGAAGAGUGGAUUCUUAAACUCUAUGAAGCUUUGGAAAAUUGUGCUUUGCCAGGUGACCAGGUUCUUAUGUAUGGAAAUGAACAGGGUCAAAAAGAAGCAAGUGAUAAUGAUAACUCCAAAGAUUUGAACCAAAUUAAUUUACCUAAGACUGUUCGAGAGAAUGAAGACAAGCUCAUAGAUCAUGACUAUAAUGUAACUUAUACUAGUGAACAAGUAUUAGCAUAUUUGGCUGGCUAUGUGUCCCGUAAAAUGAAAAAAAAAAUACGAAUUCUGCAAAAAUUGUUUUGAUUCUUUAUCUUCGGCUGGAUCGGUAGAAGAGAAUCAACAAAAUGAAUUAAUCAACGAACUGUCCUUGUAUGACGGCCUAGCAUAUCCCAGUCAGGGAUUGUUUGAAUUAACUCGCCGGUUAGAAAAUACAGUUUUGGAUGUUGUUGGGAAAAAGGGAAUUGAAGGGAAUACUAUACAAAUGAUUUUUGAUCGAAUUACUCAAAUUCAAUUGCCCAAAAUUGGUUGCCACGAACAUUCUCUAUUGUUAACAAGAGAGAUUAUUAUUUAUUAUUUAACCAUGAGAGGACAUUUCUUGGCCAAAACAUUGAACAAGGAGUAUAUAGGGAAAAAAAAUAAAAAAGAUUUUUAUUUUUUAUUAAGAACUUGAUAUAUUUCUGUACCUGCUUGCAUAAGCUAAUUACCAAUGAUAUUUUAACAAAACUAUA